AUGGAUAAUGUAGAUUUAGAAAUUUUAAUUGAUGAUUUAGUAUUUAAUCAAAAUUUUCUUGAUUAUUACGAUUUAAAAUCAUAUCUCCAAAAACAUAAUAACAAUAUAACGGGUGAUGAUAUGGAAUAUUAUUAUCCAUAUUAUAAAAAUGAAAUUUUGAAAUAUCAUAAUAAAAUAAUUUCUGAAAUUAAAGACAAAAUUAAAAAUAAUGAAUAUACAAAGGGAAAAACUAAAUCACAACUUAAACAGUUGAAAGAUUUCAAAAAUAAAGUAUUAACAGAAGAAGAUAUUGAUGAAUUAUAUAAAUUAUAUAAUCCUGAGCCGCAAAAGCCAAAGCCGAGGUCUAAAGUAGCAAAUGUUCAACAGCUAAAGGAACAAAACGCCCAGGUUCUUCAGACCAUAAAUGAUGCACAAGCUUUAAUUUAUGAUUCAUUAGUUAAACCAUAUUCAGCCCGACUUUUAAAUGAUGAUCAACUUUUGGAAUUCAUCCUUCAACAUAAACUCGAAGCGGGAAAGUAUAUCAAACCUUUAUAUACAGCAUAUUUAAAACAAAUGAAUAGAAUACAUCCAGAAUUAAUGAAGGGGGGAAUGAAUUCCAAAACUUCA